AUCUUAUGAUUCAUAUCAAGCAGUAAAACACAUUGUCUAGAGAGAGAGAGAAUGAAGACCUUGAAACUAGGAGCAUCUCUUCUUAUAUUGCUCACUCUUGUAGUAGCACAAUGUCUAGAAACUGAGGGUCAAGUUUGCAAACCUAGUGGCAGCGUUAGGGGGAGAAAACCACCUUCUGGACAAUGCAACACAGAGGAUGACUCUGUUUGCUGUGUGCAAGGCAAACUCUACCCAAUAUUCAGAUGUUCGCCAGCAGUUUCUGGUCAAACUAAGGCUGUUCUUACUCUCAACAGCUUCCAAAAGGGUGGAGAUGGUGGUAGCCCAUCAGAAUGUGACAACAAGUACCACCGCGAUGACACACCAGUUGUGGCACUGUCAACCGGAUGGUACAACAGAGGAAGCAGAUGCCACAACUACAUCACCAUAAGUGCUAAUGGGCGAAGCGUAAAGGCUAUGGUGGUUGACGAGUGUGACUCCGCCAUGGGUUGCGAUGGAGGCCAUGACUAUCAGCCCCCGUGUGGUAACAAUAUUGUUGAUGCCUCAAAAGCCGUGUGGGAAGCCUUGGACGUGCCUCAUGAGAACUGGGGCGAGUUGGAUAUUACUUGGUCCGAUGCUUAAGUUUUUCAUAUAAUGUUCAAUUAGAAGUUCGUGUAUCCUUGAUCCUGUUGUUAAAUUUCUAAAUUCAUAAUUGUAUGAAGCCCUAAAACUAUGUACUUCUUAAAUGUUAUUCAACUUGUUGCUCCUACCUCCUUUGUUUCUCAA